AGUCUCGUAAUAGCAAAAAUCUCGCCUCAGGCUCAUGUCUGUUUCUUGAUUCUUCCCCUUUCCCUUCUCUCUGACUCCCUUCCUCCCAUCCAAAAGAAAAAGGACUCUCUCCUCUCUUGGUCUUCCUUCCCUGGCGGCCACGCUAGGCGAGCGGCGGCGCCAUUCGUCACGUCUUCGCCCGACCCUUUGCCGGCGACGAGCAUCCACCAGGGUGAGAAGUCUAAGCUCUGCUCAAAUGGAGUCUGCUUCAACUACUGUGCCUUCCAUUGUUGUCUAUGUGACCGUUCCAAAUAGGGAAGCAGGCAAGAAGCUAGCUGGAAGCAUUAUCAGUGAGAAGCUCGCUGCCUGUGUUAACAUAGUGCCUGGUGUUGAAUCCGUUUACUGGUGGGAGGGAAAGGUGCAAAGUGAUGCUGAGGAGUUACUCAUUAUCAAGACAAGGGAAUCUCUUCUAGAUUCCUUAACUGAACAUGUGAAAACCAACCAUGAGUACGAUGUUCCUGAAGUCAUCGCUCUGCCCAUACAAGGAGGCAACCUGAAGUACCUAGAUUGGCUCAAGAACAGCACUAGGGAAAACUGAUGCAGUGUUCUCUGGAUCUCAACGUGCUUGUUAGUAGAGCGAGUGACUAGCUCCAAAGAUGGUGCUUGUGUAGUAGGAUGUGGCAAGCUGCCAUGCAUUUGUUUGCUUUCUCCUCAGCCCAUGCUGCCUUCCAAGUGGAAUAAAUUGCAGUAGCGAGUAUGGGAGGGAGCCUUGUACAUGAGAUCCUCUUCUUCGUGUUUGUGACCACAUUUCCUUACUUUCAGUUUAAUUGUUCAAGAGGUACUUCUGUUUCCAAGAUGAUGGCAUGCCAGAACUUCCCAUUGAUGUGCC